AUGUGGAAGUUGCUAGUAUUCGGUUUGUGGAUAACUCUGCCAAAGAUGGGUCUGAGUCACGUCGCAUUUACCAACUUAAAGUGCAAUUCCUAUAAUCCGGAAUAUCUUGUGUUUCCAACUUGUCAAAUAAAAGCGGUCAAUCGAACGCACAAGUAUAUCAGUAUAUACUCAGAAUUUUUCGAAUUGCCCAUUUCUACAGCUUGGGUAAGUCUAAAAUUACUUCGCUUUGAUAAUGGCUACAAGCCUUUCUUUUUCGAUAUUUCCUACGAUGGAUGCAAAUUUUUAAAGGACCGAACGAAAAAUCCCCUUGCCAAUUUGUUUUAUAAAACGAUUGCCAACAAUACCAAUUUAAAUCACACGUGUCCCUAUACCCACAAUGUGAUAUUGGAAAAGUUGUGGACAGGGAAUCUGGAGAAGGAUUUUGGACACUAUGUACCUUUACCAAAUGGUGAUUAUGCUAUAUAUACCGAAUGGACUAUCGAUGGUGCUCUACGUGCUUCAAUUAAAGUUUAUAUGAAAUUGAAUUGA